GUGCGGGGCUCCGGCAGGGCCUUGUCCAGGUCGAAGCCCCUUGGUUCCCGAUGUGACUUCCGCCCUUGGUGGGGUGCUCUGAGCCAUGGCCGACACCAUCUUCGGCAGCGGGAAUGAUCAGUGGGUUUGCCCCAAUGAUCGGCAGCUGGCCCUGCGAGCCAAGCUGCAGACGGGCUGGUCCGUGCACACCUACCAGACAGAGAAGCAGAGGAGGAGCCAGUGCCUCCGCCCGGCGGAGGUGGAGGCCAUCCUGCAGGUCAUCCAGAGGGCGGAGCGGCUGGACAUCUUGGAGCAGCAGAGAAUUGGGCGGCUGGUGGAGCGGCUGGAGACCAUGAGGCGGAACGUGAUGGGGAACGGCCUCUCCCAGUGUCUGCUCUGCGGGGAGGUGCUGGGCUUCCUGGGCAGCUCGUCAGUGUUCUGCAAAGACUGCCGGAAGAAAGUCUGCACCAAAUGUGGGAUCGAGGCCUGCCCUGGCCAGAAGCGGCCCCUGUGGCUGUGUAAGAUCUGCAGCGAGCAGAGAGAGGUCUGGAAGAGGUCGGGGGCCUGGUUCUACAAAGGGCUCCCCAAGUAUAUCUUGCCCCUGAAGACCCCUGGCCGGGCCGAGGACCCGCACUUCCGCCCCCUGCCCGUGGAGCCGGCAGAGCAAGAGCCCAGAAGCACUGAGACCAGCCGUGUCUACACAUGGGCUCGAGGGAGAGUGGUUUCCAGCGACAGUGACAGUGACUCGGAUCUCAGCUCCUGCAGCCUGGAGGACAGACUCCCUCCCACUGGGGUCAGGGACCAGAAAGGUGACAGACCCUCAGGAGAGUCAGGCAGCAGUGUGGAGACCCCAAGGAUGGGGUUCAUCCGCCCACCCAGCCACCUCUCGGGGAGCCAGAGCAGCCUGGCCAGUGAGACUGGGACAGGCUCUACAGACCCACAGGGGGGCCCCCGCCCCGGGCCGACCCCAAGGGCCCUGGCAAAAGACACACCCGGACGAGCCCCCGCUGCUGACGUGUCUCCAGCAGGCCCCUACCCCGCGCUGCGCUGAGCCGUGUUUUGUGCCUGGAACAGACUUUUUGAUGCAAGAUUUCAAGAAAGCUGGAGCCAGACCCUGCCCGGU